UCGGUGGGUUUGUACCGCCGCCGAGCGCCGUCCGUGGAGGCUUUUCGGUGCCAUGUGUUUGCUGAGGCUUCCCCGCGUCACGCAGGAGAUGGAGAAGGAGGAGGAAGAGGUGGCGGCGCUCAUGGCGCAGAUAGAGCAGGAGAAAAGCUGCUAUUCAGAUCAUGAAAUCCGUAAGCUGGAGGAGGAGGAGCAGCUGAAGAAGAGGAAGGAAAGCUUGUAUGAUGAUGAUGAAGGAUCUGGCAAAACACUCAUCAUGGCUCAAGACCUGGAGGAUAAGUGGGAGCAGAAGCUUCUGCAGUUCAAAGCUGCUCCACGGAUAACAGAUGCUGAUAAAAAUAACAACAGAACAUCAUUGGACAGGAAGCUGGACAGUAACCUGAUGCUUCUGGUGAAGCAGAAAAUUGGUAACCAGGAGCUGUGGCUCCUGCCUCAGGUGGAAUGGCAGCCUGGAGAGACACUGCGGAGCACAGCUGAGCGAGCCAUGGCUACGUUUUUGGGAGAUCACGUUCAAGCCAAAAUCCUGGGGAAUGCGCCGUAUGGGAUUUACAAGUAUAAAUUCCCCAAGGCCAUCAGGACUGAGGAUAACGUGGGAGCCAAAGUCUUCUUCUUCAAAGCCUUCCUGCAGAGCAGUGAUUUGUCCCGGGCAGAGCCCAAGGCAGAUCACCUGUGGGUCACAAAGAACGAGUUGGGAGAUUACCUGAAGUCAGAAUACCUGAAAAAAGUGAAUCGAUUCCUCCUGGACUUGUAGGCUCUGGUGGGGUGUGCUCCAGCAGAUGUGGGACACGGCUCCAGGGAGGAGCGUGGCUGCUGCCUUGCAUGGUCUGUGUAUGAAAUGUUAACUUGGGCUCUGGAGGAUAAUUUGCCUUUGCCUUAUUUCCCAGUUCUCUUUACUGGCCCUGUACUGAAUAAAUAUUAAAACUUAUACUCGGAAGUGAA